AUGCUGGGCAGCGGCUGCAGCUCCCGGACUGCCGCCUGCACCCACGCGGCCGUCCCGUUUGUCACUUGCGGGGAAGGCAGAGAGGAAAUUGUGAAGGUGACUUUUGAAGAGUUGAGGCAGCAGGUGGCUUUGUUUGCAGCAGCAAUGAGGAAAAUGAAUGUGAAACAAGGAGACCGGGUCGUUGGUUAUUUACCCAAUGGUGUGCAUGCCGUGGAGGCCAUGCUGGCUGCAGCAAGCAUCGGUGCCAUCUGGAGCUCCACGUCCCCAGACUUCGGUGUGAACGGCGUUCUGGACCGCUUCUCUCAAAUCCAGCCCAAGCUCAUCUUCUCCGUGGAGGCGGUCAGGUACAACGGCAAGGACUUCAGCCACAUGGAGAAGCUGCAGCAGGUGGUCAAAGGACUCCCAGACUUGGAAAGGGUGGUGCUGAUUCCAUACCUUGCCUCAAGAGAGAAGAUAGACAUUUCCAAGAUUCCAAAUAGUGUGUUCCUGGACGAUUUUCUUGCCACCGGGAGGGGCGAGCAGGCCCCGCAGCUGGAGUUUGAGCAGCUGCCCUUCAGCCACCCACUCUUCAUCAUGUUUUCGUCGGGCACGACCGGAGCGCCCAAGUGCAUGGUGCAUUCCGCGGGGGGCACCCUCAUCCAGCACCUGAAGGAACACGUUCUCCACGGCAACAUGAACAGCAGCGACACCCUCCUGUAUUACACCACGGUCGGCUGGAUGAUGUGGAACUGGAUGGUGUCCGCUCUGGCCACGGGAGCGGCCCUGGUUUUGUACGACGGCUCCCCCUUGGUGCCCACGCCCAACGUGCUCUGGGACCUGGUUGACCGGCUGGGCAUCACCAUCCUUGGAACGGGUGCCAAGUGGCUGGCUGUGCUCGAAGAGAAAGACCUGAAGCCAAUGGAAACCCACAGUCUCCAGACGCUUCAUACGGUCCUGUCCACCGGCUCCCCGCUGAAAGCCGAAAGCUAUGACUAUGUCUACAGGUGCAUUAAGAGCAGCGUCCUUCUGGGUUCCAUCUCAGGUGGCACCGACAUCAUCUCCUGCUUCAUGGGCCAGAACUUUUCUGUUCCUGUGUACCGAGGGGAGAUUCAGGCCCGGAACCUGGGCAUGGCCGUGGAAGCCUGGAACGAGGAAGGUGUCUGGGCGCACGGUGACUACUGCAGAAUCAACCCCAAGACCGGGGGCAUCGUCAUGCUGGGCCGGAGGUGCUGUCCCCUCUGGUUGGGCUGGGGAGUCAUUGCAAGGGUUCCUCGAGGUUUUUCAAGGCCCCGUGUUUUCCGGUCCUCGUGCUCUGCCCUGACGGACCGGAAGCCUGUUGGGACCACGGGCCGGGCCCACGAGGCGUGGAUUCGAGAGGGAGCUUUGGACGUUUGGGAGGCUUCUGACUGCGAGGAAUGUAGUGCCCCGGCUGGCCCAGACGAGGGCUCUGGGGAGGGGUCGGGAGGCUCCCGGACGAGCUCCCUGGCGAGGGGAUCGUACACCCUCAACGGCAAGAAGGUGGAAGUGGCGGUGAAGCAGGUCAUUGCUGGAAAGGCCGUGGAGCACCGAGGGGCCUUCUCGAACCCCGACACCCUGGACUUGUACAGGGACAUCCCCGAGCUGCGGGACUUCUGA